CAUCCUCAUUCACUACCGCACUUGCAGCCUUAUUGACUUUUAUUUCCAAGCGACGACAAUGAUUGCCAAGGCUCUUGUCGGCCUCUGUGCCCUCGCCAGCGUCAACGCUGCGCCGGCAGCGCCUCAGCACGACGCGCGUGCGUCUUCCAGCUGCACCUUCACCACGGCCGCAGCGGCCAUCAGUGGCAAGGCAUCAUGCACCGCCAUCACGCUGAGCAACAUCAAGGUGCCGGCCGGCACGACGCUCGACAUGACAGGUCUCAAGGACGGCACAAAGGUCACCUUUGAGGGCACCACCACCUUCGGCUACAAGACGUGGGCCGGUCCACUGGUCUCCUUCUCGGGCAAGAACAUUCUCAUCACGGGUGCCGUGGGUCACCUCAUUGACGGCGGCGGUGCGCAGUGGUGGGACGGCAAGGGCUCCAACGGCGGCAAGCAGAAGCCCAAGUUCUUCGCCGCCCACUCACUCACAAACUCCAACAUUAUCAACCUCAACGUCAAGAACACGCCCGUGCAGGCCUUCAGCAUCAACAGCGUGACAAACCUGGGCGUGUACGGCGUGACGCUCGACAACUCGGACGGCGACACUCAAGUUGGCCACAACACCGACGCCUUCGACGUGGGCUCCUCGACGGGCGUGUACAUCUCCGGCGCCACUGUCAAGAACCAGGACGACUGCCUGGCCGUCAACUCGGGCACCAACAUCACCUUUACUGGUGGCUACUGCAGCGGCGGGCACGGCCUGUCGAUCGGCUCUGUGGGCGGCCGUUCCAACAAUGACGUGAGCGACGUCAAGAUCCUCAACAGCCAGAUCGUGAACUCGGACAACGGCGUGCGCAUUAAGACGGUCUCCGGGGCCACGGGCUCCGUCUCUGGCGUCACUUACUCGGGCAUCAAACUGUCCAACAUUGCCAAGUACGGCAUCGUGAUCGAGCAGGACUAUGAGAACGGCAGCCCAACCGGUGUACCAACCAGCGGCGUGCCCAUCACUGGGCUGACGCUCGACAAGGUCACUGGCACUGCCAAGUCUAGCGCCGUCGACGUCUACAUCCUCUGCGCCAAGGGCGCUUGCUCAAACUGGAAGUGGACUGGCGUGAGCGUGACUGGAGGCAAGAAGUCGGCCGCAUGCCAGAACAUUCCAUCCGGCAGUGGUGCAUCCUGCUAGAAUGUCUUGAAUUCAGGCCGCAACCGCGGAAAUUUAUGAUUCCGUGCCAUGGGGGCGAAAUUCUCCAUGAACAUAGCUUUUUAGUUGCAGUACUUUUGCGCGAGACUCGCGUACAUUCUGAUAUACAGAUGGUGAUGCUGAUAAACGAGUCGC